AUGGUUGCGCAUUCGAUGGGAGGUGUCGUUGCGGAGCAGGCUUGUAUUCAGGGUAUCAAGGAUUCCCAAUACCAGUCUUUGAUACGUUCCACAUUUGCCAUGAUUUUCCUGGCUACUCCACAUCAUGGUUCUGAAGUUGCUGAUCUAAUGGACGAUGCCAUUCGAAAAAUGAGCCUCGGAUUCUUCUUGAAGCCCUAUGUCACGGAGCUCCGUUCAGAUUCUAAUGUUUUGAACCGAAUCGACAAAAACUUCCUUAGUUCUCUUCCGGGAAUAACCAUUGCAUCAUUUUAUGAGACUCGGGGAGUGCCUUUGACUAGCCGCAUGGUCGUCAAAAAGUCCUCGGCAACCUUAGGUCGUGCAGGGGAAAUCAUCAUGCCGCUCAAUACCGACCACCACAUGAUUUGCAAAUACCGUAGUCGCUGCGACGGGAAUUAUAUAGCUUUCCUUUGCGUUCUGAGGAAAAUGAUUGUCGAUGCCACCCGAAAACCUUUGUGUGGCAAAUACUGGACAAGUGGUGCCCGAGUCAACUUGGAGAAUGACCAAGAAAUUUCGAAAUCUUUGCUUGAUUUAGUACCUGGCUCAUGUGAUUGGAUUUUUUCAGACCCGACAUUCUCAUUAUGGAUGUAUGGCGAAGAAAGGAAGCCGAGAUCUCUCUGGCUGUCUGGACAAUCUGGAAGCGGAAAGUCCAUACUUUCUGCUUUCAUCGCAAAGCACAUCAGAAUGCAACCUGACUGCAAGCUAUGUUAUUUCUCUGCUCCUAAAGCUUCAGAGGCUUCUUUAUCGCCCAAUGUUCUCCUCGGCUCCUUUGUUCGGCAGCUCUCUGCUCAGAUACCAGGGCUUGACCCAGUUUCCACCCUGCUGAUGGGGCUGAACAACGAUCUUGACUCUUCUUGGAUCAUAUUUUGGAGAAUUCUUGCUUCCACUUUUCUCAGUGUUGGAUCAAAGGACAGAAUAUACCUCAUUAUAGAUGAUAUCGACAAGUUCCGUGAUGCAGGGUCUUUCCUUGCCGCUAUGGAUGAGCACUCAGCUAUUGGUUUCCCCUUGCGCUUGCUGGUUGCAAGUAGAAUAUCUCAAUAUACCUGGCCCUCUGAAAUGUCUCAGGGAAGUUUCAAACCCCAGAUUUUGAAUUUAAGAUGCCACAAGGGCGUGGAAAAAGACCUGCGAUCAUUUGUUGCGAAAAGGAUCGAAGGUCUGCGUGGCCUGGAGGAUCUAAAAUCCGAGAUCAUAUCAUACAUUCUCAGAGGCUCUGGUGGUAACUUCCUUUGUGCCAAUCUUCUAUAUGAGGAGAUCAAGAAAUGUCGAAGAAAGGAUCGACUGCAAAGUGCGCUAAAUCAGGCCCCUCUCGAAGGUGCCACUUCGUUUUACGAAUUAAUAGAAAGGGAUCUGGCUUCCGGCUUGACAACAGACGACAAAGACGACCUUCGAGAUCUAAUGCCUUGGAUACUGUACUCAUUUGUCCCAAUAACGAUUGAGCAAAUGCAGCACGGAAUGAAACUUCUGGGCGUUGAAUUCAUUGAUCUCAAAUCCACCAUUUCCCGACUCUGUGGGCGUUUUGUUAUAAUUAACGAUAAAUCUCAAGUGAGGCUUUUUCAUCCGACCGUGCAGAGCUUCAUCUUGAAGCAGAACUCUGUCCUCAACGUUGAUUCAAAGUCGGCUCAUCUCUCAAUUUUCACGAGCAGUCUGUCAUGCCUUAACUCUCUUGCUUCUGCUGGUCCGAGACAACAGAGAAAUCUCGGCUUAUUUCAUGAAUAUGCAAUGAAGUUUUGGUUUCGUCAUCUUGACGAAUGUGAGAUCAACCAUAGCGCAUCUAUUAUGUGCUUGCUGCUGAAAUUCUUCUCCGGGCAAGGCGUUCUUGAGUGGAUCUUUCUGGUCUGUCAUUCCCAAGAGCUUCAGUAUUUGACCAUGGCGGCCUUUUCAAUCAAUCGCUUCAUUACACAGACAAAGGAAACUAUGCCCACAUCGAAAAGUAUCAAACUAAUCGAAAAAUGCUCCUUUGAUCUUUGCAUGAUAGUCGAGCGUUUCUCAAGACCUUUGCUUAGUGAUCCAGACGUGAUAUUUGACUUGAUUCCUGCCUACUGCCCUCUCGAAUCUUUUAUUAAGCCACUCGCGCGGACUUCGAAAAUAACUGUGGAUGGACUUCUAUUCCAGGAAUGGGAUGAUUAUCUCGCUGCAUUUACCAUCGAUCAUGGUUGCCGUGGUACGGGGAUCAGCUGCUCAACAAAUCAUUUCGUCAUUACUACUUCAACACAAGAGGGCCUCGUGUUGAUGUAUAAUUACCCAAAGACGGGCCCUGCGUGUGAAUUCGUCCACGGCGAGCGUGUCAUGGGUUGUGAGUUCAGUCGAUCUGGAAAAAGAUUGGUAACUUAUGGGCCAACAACAACCACGCUAUGGGACCUUUCCACUAAAAAGCCCCACCAGACAUUUAAUAGCACCCCAAACACAACUAUUCUCGCUUCUUCCUUUGGGCAAGAUGACUGCACGAUACUGACUUUUUCCGAAGACCAUGUCCUCCGGAAGCUACUAUUGGACGGCGUUACCCAUGAUUGGACAGAGGUGGACCUUGGUGCACGGAGCAAGCUUGCAAAUCAAUGGCUAAAUCCGUCAUGUGCCACUUUUGAUCAUCAAUCAAGAUUUCUCGCAAUCGGUUUCAGGGGAGAUCCUAUAGAAGUUUGGGAUCUUCAAUCGUUUUCCUGUACGGCCAGGCUCGAGCGAUCAUCGUGUCUGCAAAAUGAUGUCAUACAACUGUGUUGGUCUUCACACCCAGGACAGAUAAUAGUUCGCGAAGAACUUGGAUCCCUCGAGAUAAUCGACAUUCUACGUCAGGAAUCAGUAGCGACUUGCGCUGAUACAGUGUCAACAAUGGCGUGUAACGCUACGUCGGACUUUAUUGUCACCGGCGAUAUGGCAGGAACGAUCAAAAUUCGACGAAUUUCUGAUCUAGAGUUGUUACAUCACGCACGCGGAACUGAAGGCAACUUCGUGGCAAUUUCAGUGGCUCCAAUAAACGGCAAAAUAUACGGCAUACAGAACUCUCAAUGCACAAUUUGGGAACCAUCGCUUUUUGCAAUCAUGUCUUCCGAUAAGCGAAGCCAAGAUCCGACACCCUUAGAGACUCCGCUCCCACGGCAACCCAAGUCAGGCGAGGAUCAAUCCAUUAUUACUGCAUUGGCCACAUGUGCAAACUCAUAUACAUACAGCACUGGCUAUUUGAAUGGGCAAGUCAAUGUGAUAUUGAAUGGCGGAGCGAAGUUUUCUUUGGAUCUACCCACCAGAGUACGGAUUGAGCACAUUGCCUGGAGUCCUGAUGGGAAGUUUCUUGCAAUUGCAGAUUUAGGUGCGCGGUUGUUCAUCGUGUCACUAAACCCUAAAACUCAUGAGUUCAACCAAUUGGCAUCAUUCAGAUUCCAGUCGCGUGUCGAACAAAUUCUAUUUCAGCGAACAUCGCAGGCUCUUCUGGUGGUCAUGAAAGACGAGAUGUUUAUUUGGGAGCUCGAUUCUUAUUGCGUUAAAGAGAGUCGUCACUCUUUAGGGGAAUUUAGCAGAUGGAUCAAUCAUCCCAGUGGGGAUGAGUUGAUUCUUGGAGUCGGCACGGACAAAAUCAACAUCUACCGGUGGCAGGAUCAAAUAUCCGUAUCCAGUAUAUCACUCGAUAUUUCGUUGUCAGAUCUCACAUUUGGGCUGGAGCUGUUGGACUAUGUGAAAACCGAACCGGCGGGUACCACACUUCACCCGUCUUUGGCUGUACGCAGAGUCAAAGAAGUCUUGACUUCUCCCGAGACAAAUACACUAUUGCUUGUUACAACCCACCACUCCUCGGAAACCAUUAGCGGCUCCCAGUUCAUGAAAAUCCCUAUGGCUCGAUUAAAUGACAAUGUUGAUGAUGGGGUCUUCCCCACUCCCCUGAUUGAGAGCCUCAGUGAUGUUAUUGCCAUGCCUUUAGGAUUUUUUUCCUGUACUAGAGGCCAAGGUAUGCUCAAGCAGGUCCGUGGCGGCAGUCUCAUUUUCCUCAGCAAGGAAAAUUGGAUCUGUUCGGUUUGGCUUGGAAAUGAUGGGGAAGGCCCCGUUCGACGGCAUAUAUUUUUACCUGACGACUGGCUUGAUGCAGAGAGUGUGGAAUUGGUUCGGGUCUGCCGAGAUCGGAUAUAUAUCCCAAGGGCAGGACAAGUCGUUGUUAUCCAGAACGCAUUUGAUGCGUGGUAUUAG